AUUUUUUCUAUUCUAAAAUAUAACUUAACAUUAUUAUUUUAUAUUUAUUUAAUAUAAUUUUUUUGAGUUUCUUCGAAUUUACAUAAAGUAUAAAUGAUAAGAUAUAAAUGAUAUAAAAUUAGAAAAUUAUAAGAUUGAUAGUACUUAAUUUUAUGUUUUUGGUAAUACUUAAAUUUAUAGUUUAUUUAUAAUUUCACAUUAAAAUUUAAUAUUAAAUUCUAAUUAUCAUUAAUAUAAAAAUUUGUAGAUAGUAAUUUCCAAAAAGCGUUAGCAUAAAAAAAAUUAAUUUUUUUCAAAUUAAAUUUUUUAUUACAAAAUACUCAAUUGAAAUAUAAAAAGAUACAAUAUAUUUUCUUGUGAUAAAAUUAAUAUAUUAAGUAAUAAAUUCCAUAUUGAAUUUUCGAUACCUCGAAUUAUAUAUCGAAAACAUUUCGAUAUUUCAACUAUAUCGAUAAUAUUCUCGAUAGCCUUUUUACAUAAUAUACACUUCUUAUUAAUAAUUUUGGCGGUAUAUGUUAAAUCGAUUUAUUUUUAAAUAACUAUUAAUUUUUUCUAAACUAUAAAAAUAUAAAUGUGUUUUAUUUUAUAAGUCUCAUCAAUUUAAAAUCUCAUCAAUGAUUAUUAAACUUGCUAAAGUAAUAAGUUGUUCUUCAGAACACUUAUCUUAUCCUGUUUCUAAUCUUUUGCAACAUCGUUCAAAUUCUUCAUGGCGUUGUGCCAAACCUGGAGAAAUGCUUGCUACUGUUAUUUUUCAAAUGGCAGAACCAUCUUGUAUUACUGGCUUAGAUAUUGGCAAUUAUCGUAGUUGUGUAGUAGUUGUUACUGCUUCUACUUCAUCGGAGCCUGACAAUUGGAUUCCUAUUGUAAACCAUCAAUUUUUAACACAUGAUGAAGCUGUGAAUGGCCAAUUUAAAGAUCAAGUGCAAAUAUUUGCAAAAAAAGAUCUUAAUCCAGACACAUUAAAAAUAAAGUUUGAUCGUGUAAAAGUAACUUGCAUGCAAUCUGCAAAUUUAAAAGAAUUAUUUGGAUUAUCUUUUAUUGUAUUGAAAACAGAAGUUGUAGUUGAUUUAGGGUUAGAUAUAUUUGGAAGAUUUAAAUUGAAAAAUCCAGAAGAAGAUACUGACAAAUUAAUAGAUAAUUUAAAAGAAAAAUAUAUGAAAAUGAUAAGCAAUAAAAAACCAGAUUAUAAAAAUGAAUUACUUGCAAAAAUCAAAGAAACCAGUAUGAAUAAUUUUUCUAUACGACAAGAAGAGAAUAGAGAACCAAUGAAAAGACCACUAUUGGAAAAAUUAGAAGCUGGAAAAAAAGAAGAAGUAUUUGGCACUAAAAAAAAAGAAUCUAAUAAUUCAAUUUCAAUAGAUAAUUCUAAACAAAAAAAUAAAAAAAUUGAAAAUGAUAAACCAGUAGUAAGAACUCCAUUUGGUGAUAUUGUAUCUUCACCUUCAUUUAAAAUAAAUAAAAAAGAUAUAAAAAAGAACGAAAACCAAAAAUAUAAUAAUAUACAUAGUAAAAAACGUUCUUUAAGUCCUGAAGAAGGUUCAUUAAAAGAAAAUAUAAAUAAAAAAAAACAAGAUUGUCCUCAAUGUCAAGAUGAAUCUGAAAAUAAAAUAUGCAAUAAUUGUGGAUUAUUAUCAAAACCUAAACUAAUAACUAGACCGGAAAAAGUUGCAAAAAAGCAAGAUAAUCAAAGACCAAAAAAAUUAUUUUCAAAGCUUUUUGAAGAUGUAUCAUUUUCACUUAGUGGUUAUGUUAAUCCACAGAGAGAUGAAAUUAGAAAAAAGGCUCUUCAAAUGGGAGCAAAAUAUAUUGCUGAUCCCAAUACAACUAAUAAAAAAUGCUCUCAUUUAAUUUGUGCCUUUAAAAAUACACCAAAGUAUCAACAAUUAAAAACCUAUUCUAAAAUUGUUACACACAAUUUUAUUGAAGAUUGUUUUAAUGAAAAGAAAAGAUUUCCUUGGAGGCGUUAUGCUUUGGAUAUCAAAGAUAAAUCUGAACCUGAAAGUGAAGAAGAAAUUUUAAGUAGUUCAUCUCCACCUAGAAUAAUUAAUGUAUUUGAUCAAGAUACUGAUCAAGAUUCAGAUUCUAAUUAUUAAGAUAAAUAUUUUUUAAUAUAAUAUGUUUAUAUUAUCUUCUAAAGCAGAAUCUAAUAUGUACAUAAUAAAAAUAUUAAAUAAAUUAAUUUUUGUAAAAAAA